UGAGCUGUCAGAGCGUGAAAAACACACGGAUUAUUUUUGUGAGACACAAAAUCAAUUUUAAUCGAUAGCGAGUAGUGAAUUCCAGUGUUUGGUAGUCUCAAAUUAAUAAUUCACGCGUGUGGCAGGGAAUGGUGUAGCGUGUAAUUGGCAGUGUCUGGAGAACGGGGCGCUUUUCGGAGUCUAUACGACAACAAUGACGUCAAUUACCGGCGUUCGCAGGCAAAGUGCGGAGAGAGCGCAAUAAGACGGCGACACAAGACGUUGAGACACAGUAAAUCUCUGGGCAAAUUUGCAAGUGGCAAAGUAGCGAAAAUUCACACACCAUCGAGAAGUAGUAAUCAGGCUUGGGAGAGCGAGUCGCACGAGUGGCAGUGAAGAGGCCAGGGUCAGAUGACAGAGCGCAAGUGGAACGGAAAAAGAUGCCAACGACAAUGAUGAAGGCAACGGCAUACAAGAGAACAGGGAGAAUUGCAAGGAGAAUCCUGUCAAGAAAGUUAAAUAGACUGAAAGUGCUGAAACUCCUGAAAAUGGACACUCAAAAGGACGAAAGUGCUGGUGCAGGUGCUGCGGAUGAGAAUUCUGAGUUCUACAAUUCCGGACGCGUGGGCAGAAGAAAUGCCCUCCCGGACAUUCUGAGCGAUCACUGCAGGACGAGCACAGCGGACCUGCCGGAGCGCCUCAGUGCACUCUCGACUUCAGAUAAUCCAUCGCCCGAGGCUGGUCCCAGUGGAGUCAAUUCAUCACAGGCUGCUAACACGGCAACGACUAGUAAUACAACCCCUUCGACCACCGAAAAGACCUAAACUCGCGUGCUGAUGAGUCAGUUUUAUUGCCAGAAGAGGUGAAGGAAAGUUUUUAUGGACUGCAAAGAUGAUAAAACGAAAAGCUCACGAAUCUCUGCGCUUGAUAAUAAUGGUUAUACUGAUAGUGCAACACCAAGCGGAGAUAAAUCGACACUAACGGCCAACCUGAAAGUUCAAUUUUCCUCAAAUUGUUGAGAUGAGAAAAGGGACUCAAAAGAGUGUUUACUUUAGUUUGCAAUUGACAGUCAUACUCUUGGUUUUGAGAGAGUUUUGAGAAGGAAAGAGAGAGAGAAAGAGGAUGAAAGUAAAAGGCGAUGAUUUGUUUGGUAAAAUCGAACUUUUGUGAUUCGAGAAAAUGUUGUGUGAUUUUUGUAUAUUUUUCGUUGUUUAUGGAAUAACAGAAAAUCUGUGUGAGUAUAUCAAUUUAAAGAAGAAGUUAUGUCAUCUUUGAGAUUUUCGAGACCAAAUGUUAUCUAAUGCAUUAUCGGAGAUGAGAAUGCAACCUUGCCACUAAUAGUUUGUAGUUGUGAGAAAGGCAGAUUUGAGAGGGGAAAA